GACCAAAAAAAGAAAAAGGUGGGGGAAGCUGGAUGUGUAGUAAGUGGUAGAGUGCUUACUUAGCACACCCGAGGCCCUGGGUUCCAGGUUCCAUCCCCAGCAUUAAAAAAAAAAAAAAGGAAUCUCCCUCCCCUAGUCAGACCUCUGUGGCUCCUAGUACACAGAAUGAAAUCCAAGCUCCUGAUAAUGGCUUUAGGACUGUUGGGGCUAACCCUUGCCUGGCUUGUUCCUUCUCCCCUGGUUUACCACAUCCCAGCCUGCCUGCUCACUCAGGCCCAAUUAUUGGUGUUAGUCUUCCCCACACCUCAGGACCUUUGCACACACUCAUCCUGUUUUCAGUACUCUUACCUCAGGCCUCUGGGCCUCCUCUCCUCCCAUUCCCCUCCUCCCUCUGUGCCUCCUCUCCCUGUCCCCUCCUGCCUCCCAGUGUGUCCUGGGAAGGGCUCUCAGCACCUCCCACCUUGUACUCAAGGAUUGUGAGGUUGACUAGUCCUCCUGCCUGGGGAAGCUUCGAAGGUUCUGUGGUCAUGGAUGAGACCGGAGCACUAGAGAUGAUGCCGACCUAUGCUAGUGGUGCACUGUGGACCGCUCUGCUGAGCACCUCAUUUCUAACAGGAACCCAGCAGAGGCCUUUUCCACCCCCAAUCUAAAGAGAUUAAAACCAAGCACCAGGCUUGGAAGUUCUGGGUCAAAACCUGAGUGUGAAGACCGGGGGUCCCCAGGCUGUCUAGACGGAAACUCCUCCCUAGCUUAAGAGAAACCAGCUGGCCACACCAGAGGAGCCUCAGUAGACUAGGCUUGCAGUUGGUACAGAAACGAUAUCGGAGAUAUUAAAUGAGUGACUCUGGCAAAGCCUUUCGUCACCCCGGAAGUUGGGGGGCGCUCCCCGACUGAUCACACGGAUCCCUUCUCCCUCCAGCCCUGAGAACCAGCCGGGCUGAGAAUCCACCCGAGUCUCGGAAGUGAGGCCCUGCGGCCAACCGCGGCUCCCCGUGUCCUGACGGCGACGCCGGUGCCCAGAACCGUGCGCAUGCUACAAUUCUUGCAGCUGCAAGAAGGACACGCCCCAAAGUCUGCAAGACGCAGUGCAUCCAGCUGCAGCCAGGCGUCUAGAUGAUGGCUUCGUCCCCGGGUCUGGGCGCUGGGUGGAGCCAGUUCAACAGCCGCCUAGACAUCCGAGUGACCACCCUCCGAGACUCCGGCGCAGCAGCCCUGAGCGAGCUCACGCAGGCCACCGAGGCGCGGUCCUCCGGCGCCUAGAGCGUCCCGGAAGAGGGGGCGGGGCACUUCCGGCCGGACUUGGGCGGCUGCCUCGGGCUCGCAAGGUCCUGGUACACACACCUUGAGCAGAUCUCUGAAAAAUGGCAGGCUUAGGGGAUCAUGAGGCGUCCACUCCUGCCCUGUCUCCCGUCAUCCUCUCAUCACCAAGGACACCCGAAGACCAGCACCAUGUAGCACAGCUUCACCUCCACAGGCACCCACACGGCUCCCCCUGUUCCAGCCCUGAGGUGCCUUCCCAAGCAGCAGACCUGGACCUCCAAGACAUAGAGGAAGUGAAGGUCUGUGGAGAUGCCUGGCCUGACUCCGAGUGGGAACCCGAGCGGACUCCAGCCUCUCCCAGCCCCCGCAGUCCUGGAGACCGACUGGCCUCAGACGGAAGGGCACUGAGGAGCCUCUUGAAGAAUCUUCCCAGCAUACCCAAAUGUGGGGACAGCUUUGGCCAGGAGCAUAGCUUGGAGCCGUUGACAGGCCUGCCCCCGGGGACCAUGCCUGGCGCCCAGAGAAGAGAUGCCUGGUGCGUGGUGCUUCUGCCGCAAGGGGCCGCGGCGGCCGAGGGCGGCCCCACGAGGGCUGCCGAGCUGGGCCGGGGCUUGGGUCGAGGCUGCAGGGGCGCCAGGCCGCAUCGCUGCGAGGCCUGCGGCCAGAGCUUCAAGUACAGGUCCCUGCUGCUCAAGCACCAGCGCAUCCACACCGGGGAGAAGCCCUACGCCUGCCACGAGUGCGGCAAACGUUUCCGUGGCUGGUCAGGCUUCAUCCAGCACCACCGCAUCCACACGGGCGAGAAGCCCUACGAGUGCGGCCAGUGUGGCCGCGCCUUCAGCCACAGCUCGCACUUCACACAGCACGUGCGGACCCACAGUGGCGAGAAGCCCUACGCGUGCGGCGAGUGUGGCCAGGCCUUCAGCCAGAGCUCCAACCUGGUGCGCCACCGGCGGCUGCACACAGGGGAGAAGCCCUAUGCCUGCAGCCAGUGCGGCAAGGCCUUCAUCUGGAGCUCCGUGCUCAUCGAGCACCAGCGGAUCCACACGGGCGAGAAGCCCUACGACUGCGCCGACUGUGGCAAGGCCUUUCGAGGCCGCUCGCACUUCUUCCGGCACCUACAGACCCACACGGGCGAGAAGCCCUUCGCCUGCGGCACCUGUGCCAAAGCCUUUGGCCAGAGCUCCCAGCUCAUCCAGCACCAGAGGGUGCACGUCCGCGAAUAGCAUACACCCCAAAAGAGUUCUGGAUCAAACGAGCGCCUGUUCCUGCUGAGCAAGGCAGGGCUGCUUUACAGGACGCACAGCAGGAUAGGUUCUGCGUCUGGUGCCUCAGGGGAAGCUUCCAGAGAGUCCCUGAGGCUGGAGUUGAAGCCAAGAGCUACUCUAACCUGUCCAGAUCCUGCCAAGGAGUGGCCAGAUCUGUCUAGAGCCCGAAUACCAUGGAUGGAAACCCAGAGGUUCCCGUAUUCCUGCAGGCCAAGGGGUCUGCCACCCAUCCCGGGCGUGGAGCUGUGCCGUUGGGAGUCCCUCACGUAGGUGUCUGGUGCUUCUAAAUGUAGAAUGUUCUCUACCAAGCACCAGCUCUGUUGGCUUUCUUGCUGCUCCAUAAAGGAGACUGCCGGGCAGGUAGGCUUCAGUGAGGAGCCUCUUGUCAGGCACUCUCCCUGUCCAGCCGUGUGAGCAGCCCUGGGAGAGGAAGGCUGGCACUAAUGGGGGUGGGGGAGGAGCCUGUCCGGCCAGCCCCUUCAGGACAGCUGGGGAACUCCUUGACCCUUCUGAAGCUGUGCACUCCAAGAAUGACUGUCCCAUUGGACUUGUCCAGAGCCCCUGGCUGCCACCCAUGGUCCCUGUGGGUCCUUACAAGGUCACUAAUCCUGUCAAAUCAGGUGACCUGCUUUGUACCUUGUUAGUCUCUAGCAAGUCUUCCAGAGAAGAGCUGAAGACCUUAAGAUGACCAGGCCCUGCUGAAACAGAUCUAAUCUGGAGCUCCAGCCUGGGCUCAGGGCCCCAUGCUGCCCCGUCGGGAAGACCCUGUCAAAGUCCCACCCUGCAUCAGAAUAUCAGAUGAGAGCCAGUCUAGGAGUGAGACCUGACAUCAGGCACUCACUUUCCCCUCCCCUCAGAAAUGUGUGAGAGCAGUGUGAGGUCCUGUGGGCCCUGGGACCUGCCUCUGCCCAGGGGCGUCAGCUCAUCGCAGGAUAGCUUGUUCACACAUCCUGGAGUCCAGGAAGUGAUCUACUGGUGACUUGCAGAGCAGGCCUGUUGUGCCUACCUGGACUUCCCAGCAUCCACUGCCCUUGCCAUCACUGAGCCCUGGGGGACAUGAGUAUGACCUGCCCCUGCCUGCGUCCACACACCUGGGUGCAGCACCACCCGAGGGUCCAUAGCGAGAGAGCAUCUCUUGGUCCACAUCGUCACUGACCUAUGUUGACUUUGCCUUCAGCCUCUCCUUCAGAGGGACCAGGGUCUCGGUAAGGACCAGCAGUCUCUAGGAGCCCAGAUUUGUGAAAUGGUUGAGAGCAGGGGUUGUCUCAGUCCAACACGCGCCUCUGGAAGACGGGGAGCACAGACUUGUGCCAUGCAGUGCAGGUUGGAGGGUGACAAGUGUUGAGUGUUUUACACUGCCUGUGGUCUCUGAAAAGACUAAUGGAAUGACUGCAGCCCAGGAAGGAUGGGUUGAGUGUGUCACAGUCUUUGAAGGGCCAGGAAAAGGGGUGCAUGUGAGUUACAGAACCAGAAAGUGACCAUUUGUUUGCCUGCACCAUUCUACAUUUGUCCCCAAAGGAAAAGAAAGGCUCUAGAGUAGCCAUCGGAAACUGUCUUCUGAGGCAACUUCCAGAAGGCCACAAAGUUCCCACAAAACUCUGAGACAGAUAAAUUCAGGCCUGCAGAGUGUAAUUCACUGGGGACUUACUGACGAGCAUAGUCUGGGGGUCAAGGCUGAUGGGUCCCCACCAGUCCAUCCACAGAGGAUAUAUUUGCAGCUUAGGACAAGAGCCACCCUCCUGACUGGAAUAUACCUGGUUUCUCUCACCACAAACAACAUCCCAAGUCAGGCGCCUGCCAGGCUCUCCUGGGUCAACUCUGGCUGGACUCCUGUUUCCUCCCAACCACCUGCAGAGAUCCCUGAUGCCUAAAAUGGGCUCUUGUCUCUCUAGCCUUCCAAGUUCCUCCUUGCGACCUCCAGGGUGUCUUGGCUCCACCCCUCUGUCCCUCCAGCACCUCGACACUGGGUCUGCAGCAGUGCACAGCCUCCUGCCAUCUAGACCCACCAGAGCACCACAACCACAGAGGGUCACUGAGCAUGGCCGAGAGCGUCCUGGAAAUUAGGGGGCGGGCAGGGCGAAGCCCACCAAGGACCCAAGGCUCUGCGCUCCCGGGUUUGCCCUGGUGGACCUGGGCCACCACCACGACAUGCACAUCCAGGUGGCCCUCCUGUUUGGUUCUACACGUUGCCUGGCCUAGUGAGGACAUCAGCCUUUACCUUGCACACUAGCCUUGGGACAGCCAUUGCUCAGUCCAAGCUUGUGACAUAGGCGUGUGUGGAUGCCACAAGUCCAGUGUCUCCCCUGUCACUUUCCAUUUUAUUUUCACUAAUUUCAUGUGUGUGAUUGUUUUGCCUUCAUGUAUGUAAGUGUACCUGUGCCCUUCAGAGGUCAGAAGAGGACUUGGGAUCCCCUGGAAAUGGAGUUAAGG